ACAUCUGGCGGCGACUUGUCCGCAGCCGUAAUCUACCGCGGCGAAACAUCUCGCGACGAAUUGUCGACGGCGAACAGUCGUGUACCCACAUUUUGCGUUUCCUUAGUAAUCGAUGAACUGUCAGUGUGUUAGGCAAGUAAGCGGGUUGUAGGUGGCAGAUAGGCGGUUCAUUUUAUUUAUUUCUCUUAACGUCGACUAUUAUCAUUGGUGUUAAACAAGUUCGGUGUCAACAAACGACGAAAACUCACGGAGCCUGUGGGAUUUUCUGACUAUUACGAAGAAGCUACACGUCUAUAAAUAAAAAUUAACUGCAGCAUCAAAAGUCUAGCGAAAUAAACGCGUUGGCAUUCCAACCAGCAAUAAAAUGGUUAAAAAUCGUACCACCUAUAAUAACAAAAAUGCACGGCCGAACACAAAACGUAAUGGAGUUACGACCGGCAAAACCUUGAAGAAAACCAUAGGCAAACCGAAGACGGUGAUCGAUGCACGCCAAAAGAUUAUCCAGAAAAAGCGCACGCAUGUCGUGGACGCUCGUGAUGUGCUCGCCAGCAUGGCGAAGGGUCAAGAUGCUCGCGCUAAACUUCAAAAACUUCGCGGCAUUGCCCCGAAACCUGCCAGCAAUAUAAAACAAAUCGGGAAACACAUUCUGCAAAAGACUGACAAGAAUGGCAAAAUAAUGCUUGUCACCAAUAAGAACAAAGCCGCCGCGAAUAUCAACACGAAAAUUCGUGAACAAUUAGGUCUGACUCCUCGUGCCGGAUCUGGUGUGCAACAACGUGUGAAGAAAAUGCCAGUACAAGCCGUGAAACGAAAGGAAACAGGCCCAUUGCAACUAAGGCGCACAAUCAGUAAUGAGUACAGUAUGCCAAUGUCUGCUGGUGGGUACUAUCCUCAAGUACAUGGCCAUCACAUGCAUUCACAUCAUGCGCAUGAUAUGUACGCUCCGCCUGCAGCUGGAUAUUCCGGUAUGUCGCCGAUGAUGCCGCCGAUGGAGAUACGUCGUCCCGUGAUGGAGAUGAUGCCCAGAGGAAUGGUGAGCGACGCUAGCAGCGGCACCUGGAAAACGUACGCAUCUCCGUUAAGGUCAAAUGGCAACUUCAUGGAAAUAGAUUCUGAUGAAGAAUCACAGCAGCAGCAUGUGAGAUCAUCGAGGGCGGGGCUUGGUAGAAGCGGUGGAUCAGGUGUUCAUUCUCGGCUGGACUCAGCGCCGACUACACACGGGAUUCUAGGCCAGCAGAAAGCAAAAGUUGUUGUACCAGCCGGGCAUAGGAUUGUCGUCUCGAAUUUGCAAUCGACCGUCACUCAGGAUGAUAUUAGAGAAUUGUUUGAAGAUAUUGGUCAACUAAUGAUUGCUCGCCUGGUUCGACCCGGUACUGCUGAGGUAAUCUACAAGAAUCUGAAAGAUGCUCAGAAGGCGGUUGAAACUUACCACAACCGACAGUUGGAUGGGCAGCCAAUGAAGUGCCUGCUCGUGAACAAGCGUCCUUUGAAUAAUCCAACUGCUCCUGCGAUAAAGGCAAAUGAUGUUGUCCGUAAGCAGAUGUCAUCGAAUUCAGUCGACAAACUUGUUCCGGACCUCUCGACGAUCCACAAAGUUCUCUUCCAACGACACUGAAUGUAAUGAGUUGGAUAGUUUUUAAACAUUUACCUGGAAAGUUUAAAAAAUUGAUACUUGACACAAAUAAUUAAUAUUAUUCUAUGACUACAUUAUUUAAACGUCUUUGAGCGAUUUGCGAAUGCGUGGGUAGCGGAGUUUCUGUACUUUUUUUGUACUGUUUUAUGUGUCUCAGUUGACUAGGAUUAUAAAAUUAUAUGAUGCCAGGAAUAAUACUUAAAAUAAAACUGUUUAGUGAAAUAUAAAAAUAUGAAAUCA